AUGAGACGCAUCUCUUUCGCUUGGCGGCCUCUCAACCUUCCCUUCCAUUCGCCCACCAUGCCCACGCCUUGCACAGUCUGCCGCAAAGUGCAAAGCACUACUUCUCCAAAUUUCCUCCUGACCUGCCUCCAAUGUGCCCGGUCCUGGCACCAUCGCUGCCAUACCCCCCCUGUUCCAGAUAAAGAGCUCAUCAUAAUCAUCAAGGCGUAUAAUGAGGUCAAACACAAGCCUGACGCACGCUUCAACUGGGCGUGCGCCUCGUGCAAAGCCAAAGUAAAGCCAUCUUCAAGCCAUGCGCCGUCGUCGAGCAGCAUCAAGCCAAAGCCUGUCCCGGAGACGGUUGUCAUCGACGAUGACGACGAUGUCGUGGUUCUUGAAGAACGAAGGCCUGUGCCGCUAUCCAACACCAAACGCGAACUCUCAGAGUCAUCAGCGCAACAACGCAAAGCAUCGGCAACCUUUCCCUCGACGUCCAAAGUACCCACUUCUCCUAUAACGCAGAAAAGGCCAAUGUUCAUUGGGAAGAAAACCGCUCAAUCAACUGCUCAAAUACGUAUCAUCGACGAUCCGAUCUCCUUCGAUAGAGUUCCUGAACAACGGCCAUCCUUAAAGCCUACUUCAACCGGCUCUCGACUUGUUUCUGACUUUGUUGAUCUGACCAUGUCCGACGAGGACGACGUUCCAGAUCUCCCCAAGGAUAAUAUGAAGUUUCCUAAGUCCGCCUCUCCUACGCUCUCUGCAGCUACCUCCCACAACGAACGCGCUCCUACUCCUCCGCAGAGUGUAACACCAAGUGUUGGACGGGCUAUUUCUAUCUCCCAACCUCCUAGCCGCUCUGACGAGCCCGUUUCUCGACGAACAGUAGCGGAAUUCAGCGCAGAGCCCGAUGAUCGAGAGGUCAAAGCCGAGCAGAUCAUGGCAGCACUUCCACCGCCCGUACUUUCACCGACGAAGGGACAUACAGCGGGAAAGACGAACGAGUACCAGUUCAACCCCGCUCUUCUUCCGUUCUUCGUAAACGCUCGGUACUCCAUGGACGAAAACGAUGAUAAGGCGGGCUCUACUAGGAGAUCGCCUGGUAUCUGGCAACGAAGGGCCGCACUAAGGCUAAAGGGAAAGCAAAGGCGCUCGCAAGCUGGCACUACGGAAAGUGUUGCAACGCCCGCACCAGAUCUUGGCGUGGUACCGUCGAGCUCUCCGUUUCCGCGUUCACUUCCUAGGCGUAAGAAGGCCGUUGCGGUCCCGAGUCCCAAAGGUUCCACGGAGUCUGGUGAGACCCUGGAGUCCCAAGUUCCAUUCUUCUUCGCGACGGACGUUUGGAUGGAGCAAAAGAGGCAGCAGAUGAUGCGACCCUGA